AUGUUUCUUAACAAAUCAGAAGUGUUAUUGCUAUCUUUCCGUUAUCUUGUGUUAUAUCAUGCUUUUUGGGGCUUGAUCUCUGUAUCAUUCUUAGUCUUGCGAGAUAUCAAUUUUUUAUCUUUGUCGCAUGCGAUGCAAGUCCCAUCUAAGCUUUACAUUGGAGCGAUUUUCCCCACCCUUCAAGCAGACUACGAAGAGGCUUUUCUGUUUGCACUCGAUGAAGUGAAUAGGAAUUCUUCUAUUUUACCGGGCACGGAGCUCGUACCGCUYAUCAAUAAGACUGAUGCUUACAGCACCUUUGAUAACAUACGAACAGUCCAAUAUCUUCUCAAGAAAGGCGUGGUGGCYAUAAUAGGACCGAUGACGUCAACAGCGGUCAAGUACACCCARCCAUACUGCGCCGGYUUUCACGUUCCUCAGUUGGCUCCCGUAGCAACUGACCCUACAUUCGAGUUCAGUCCCGGGAAUUUCCCAUUCCUCGUUCGACUCAACCCGAGYGAUUCUCUGCAAUGUCAGGCAUUGGCUGGAAUCAUCGAUUCGUAUAACUGGUCGCAUUUAGCGCUACUCACUUCAAAGGACGACUACGGUAUCAAUGGCUUGUUGGCUUUGAAAGACAUAGCCAAUCAAAAAGGCUGGAAGAUUCACGCCAACGAACAUUUUGACACAAUUACUAACUACAGCGCGCUGGACAUCAAACUUCAAUUACGUGCCAUUCAAAAGAGUAAAGCAAGGUUAGUGGUGUUGAAUACAAGCACGAGGUACACUUUAGUCAUACUGAAGCAAGCUGCUGAAAUGGGAAUGCUGAAGAGUUGGAUUUGGAUURUCACCGAUGGUUCUACAAAUGCGGAUUGGAGUACUAUCCCGGGAGACUUUCCGUUACACGAAUACACAGGUGUCAUCGGGACGCGCCCUGCAUUGGGUCAGGGCACACUUUAUACCGACUUCAUAAAGAAGUGGGUGGCUAAAGGCCACACAAAGAUAAGUACUCCAGGAGGUAAAACCUACGACAGUGUGUUAGCACUAGCUUCAUCCCUUGAUGCGAUGUUAAAGGGUGGCCACAAUGUGACGGAGGAAGCCAUGGAUUUCGAUUUUACAAACCAAGCACAAGUAACGCCAUGGCAACCUGGUUCCAAGCUCUUGGACUACAUCAAAAGGGUUCGAAUAGAUGGAAUUAUGAGCAAUAUCGGGUUCACUGCAAGCGGGUCGCCGCUAACUGUAGAAUAUGACAUAGUAAACCAAGGCAGGAACGGAUUCGUAAAAGAUCAUCCUUUCGUGUUUCUCAAGACUCUUCCAGACGGUACCAAGGAAUUCGACGGCUUUUGUAUCGAUUUACUAAAGAAACUCAAAGAGAUGUUAAAAUUUGACUACGUCAUUGAACUAGAGAAGAAUGGUAUUUACGGAGCCCAAGACAUUUAUUCACUGAAGUGGAAUGGAAUGAUAAAGGUUCUUAUAGACGGGAAUGCUGAUCUCGCAAUUGGUCCACUGAGCAUCAGUUCCCAGCGUCAGAGCGUUAUUGACUUCACUCAACCAUAUAUGGAUGUUGGUUUAUCAAUCCUCAUGGCUAAAGAAAAAGACAGCGGGUACAAAGUCUUUUCGUUUCUCAGGCCUUUUGACUUUCAUCUGUGGCUUGCCAUUGUGUUCACAGCACUCGGUGUCGGGAUCUUUCUCUGGAUCCACAGUACAUUCAGUCCCUAUGGUUACCACGGCCGGUGUGCGCAGGCGCAGAGUGAGAAAACUGUCCCUCGUCAUGUUGCCAAAUCCAAGAACUACCUGAGCUUUUUUAACUCAAUCUGGUCAUCAUUUGCAUAUUACGUCAGCCAAGGCSCUGAUGUACUCCAUCCAGUCUCUCCGUCGGGAAGGGUGGUGGUUGGCGUCUGGUGGUUUGCUGUACUGAUUAUUGGAGCAACAUACACAGCAAACUUGGCAUCCUUCCUCAUCGUGGAGCGCUUCAGCACAGCUAUCAAUUCAGUAGAAGACUUAGCACGACAAGUUAAGAUCCAUUACGGCACCAUACAAAACACGCAGGGGCAAAUGUUCUUCCAAACUUCUAGCAUACCUACUUUUGUUACCAUGUGGGAGUUUAUGAAAGCUGCAAAUUCUCUCGUUGAGAACACAACGGUCGGUGUGGAACGUGCAAGGAAGGGAAACUAUGCGUUCUUGUAUGAUACUGUGAUCCUUGAGUACUACAUCCAACAGAAACCUUGUGAAACUUUACAAAUCGUUGGACGGGAAUUUGGAACGUUUGGUUAUGGCUUUGGAUUACCAAAAGAUUCGCCCUUCACUCUUCAGUUCAGUAUUAGUAUCUUGGAACUAAGACAGAAGGAUUAUAUAACUGCCCUGAAGAAAAAGUGGCUUAGAGGACAGUGUGACGACACCGAUACUACAACAGAGUCCAGCACUGCCAUAGUGUCCCACAGUGAUGUGCUUACGUUCAGCGAUAUGUCUGGUGUGUUUUACUGUGUGUUUAUUGGUAUGGGGGUUAGUCUUGUGGUAUUGACUGGCGAGCUGUUCUUUGAGUCAUAUAAGGAUAACAGAAAUGGAAGCAAGGUGGGUUUAUCCAAGACUCUUUUCAAGCGAAUAAAACAAUCGUGGUUAAACUACAUGUCUUCCAAGCAACCGUCCGUCAAGCCCUCAUUUAUAAUAACAAACCACUCGAACUUCAAAUCACGCAACUCCCCUCAAAAGUUAAAUUUAUCAACAAUAACAGUCGAAAAUCUGGAGACGCAGGAGCUUACAUCAUAGAUUUUUCUUAUAUGGGCAAUGUGGUACUAGAGAAGGCGACGAAUCAGAAGGAAGAAGUUGCGGGUAUAUAUGACGUCAUCGACAGCGACCAAUGAAUUUCAAGGAAUAUCAUCCAGAAUGCCUCCAUGUGGUCUAGUGGCUUGUGAAGUCAUGGCCGCCAUCUUGGUUAAACUUGCUAAAUGCAACAAAGACGUCAUCAUUUAUCGCGUGUUCCGUAUAGACCGUUUUCUCAAGGUUGCGUGCGCAUCCAAAUUUAAAGAACUUGACGGGCCACGAUACCAGAACACAAGCUUUAUGAUGAGUAUUAUCCUACCUUGCUAUGAUUUUUUCCCGAUAAGAAUUCAUUUGCGUUUUUCAGUUUUAUGGCUCGUCAAGUUGAAUGCGCACGCAACCUUGAGAAAACGGUCUAUUGCCAGAACUAAAAGACCUUCCUUGAAUUCGCUUGAGAGAAAACAAUGACUUCAGGUCGAGGUUAGACUUGAUAAAAUGUAACAAUUUAUGAACAGUUGUAUAAACGUUGUACUUAGGUAUAUAGUUUAAAUUAUAACCAAAGGGAAAACCAUGCCAUGAUUAUUUCAGAAAUUGUUUCAGGGUUCGGUAAAAUUUGAAAUCACGUUAAUGCUCCCAAUUUACCCACUAGAGUAAUAACAACAAAAACAAUAGUUUGUAGGGUAAUGGGGUAUGGGCCGGUGAUCAGUAGGUACAUGGUAGAUGGGAAAAGGGUGAACUUAAAGCAAGGGAUGGGUCGGAAGAAAGGCACGAUAUGCAGACUUUCCUCUCUUCCCAUUCACAUCUUCCUCCAGGGCAGUACCCCUCCCCGACCUCCCUCUCCUCGACCUCCCUCCUUCUCUGUUUCUCAUUAUAUUAUAUACUGAUGCUCUAUAGUUUUAAUGGUUUUUUCGACAACCGAAAAUAUUUUCUUUUUUUUUUUUUUUUUGCAUUGGUGCGCGCACCAUUUGAUAUCAAUUCUCAAUUCUGCAAGUAUGAAUAAAGAGAUAAUACAGAUUUUGUAGUUUAGAUUAUGAGGUCUUGGCUGUUUGCGACCAGUAUGAAAAUGCGUAAAUCUAGAAUCUUGAAUCCAAAAUUUGUAAUCUGAUGUGGAAUCUGGAAUAGGCCAUUUGCAGGAAAUAAUCACAUGACUGUUACAGGAUGACAAAAAAAAAUCGGGCUUCCUUUUAUAACUAUUUUAUUUCUUUUAUUUGUUGCAAAUGGUCUACAUAAGAUGAGGAAUCUAGAAAUAAAGAUGUGAAAUUUGAAA